GGGGGGGGAGCUGGAAAAACAGAGGAGGGAUUGGAGGGGAGACGGAAGAUGUCGCUGAAGAUCAGAGGAGAGCAAGCUCCUAAAACCGUCGUAUCCAAGAAAUGGACGCUCUUGCUUUGCGUGGGUUGCUUCUGCGCUGGGAUGCUCUUCACGAGCAGGUGGACAGUACCUGAAUCUAAAGGCAUUGCGCGGACCACUGCUGUGGAAGCCGAAAAAUUGAAACUGGUUUCCGAAGGUUGUAACCCCAAAAUUCUGCAUCAGAAGGAAGUGAAGCGUGACUCAAAGGACAUUAUUGGGGAGGUUUUUAGAACUCACAAUGCCAUACACACUUUGGACAAGACCAUUUCUAAUCUGGAGAUGGAAUUAGCAGCUGCAAGGGCUGUACAUGAGUCUAUUGUCAGCGGGGCUCCUUCAUCAGAAGACAUAAAAACAGACGAACCUACCCAUAGGAGAAAGUAUCUUAUGGUUAUAGGAGUGAAUACUGCAUUUAGCAGCAGGAAGAGAAGAGAUUCAAUUCGCGCUACAUGGAUGCCUCAAGGUGAGAAAAGGAAAAAGCUGGAAGAAGAGAAGGGAAUCAUUGUGCGCUUUGUCAUUGGGCACAGUGCUACACCAGGGGGUAUCCUAGACCGAGCUGUUGAAGCAGAGGACAGAAAACAUGGAGAUUUUUUGAGACUGGAACAUGUCGAAGGAUAUCUCGAGUUGUCCGCCAAGACAAAGAUAUAUUUUGCCACAGCUGUUGCUUCAUGGGAUGCAGAUUUUUACGUCAAAGUUGAUGAUGACGUUCAUGUGAAUAUAGCAACACUUGGGGAAACUCUAGUUAGACACCGACCCAAACGAAGAGUAUAUAUUGGUUGCAUGAAAUCUGGUCCGGUACUUUCUCAAAAAGGAGUGAGAUACCAUGAACCUGAGCAUUGGAAAUUUGGCGAGGCAGGAAACAAGUACUUUCGUCAUGCUACCGGACAGUUAUAUGCUAUCUCAAAGGAUUUAGCUACAUAUAUAUCCAUAAACCAGCAUGUUCUGCACAAAUAUGCGAACGAGGAUGUUUCGCUGGGAUCUUGGUUCAUAGGACUUGACGUGGAGCACAUUGACGACAGGAGAUUAUGUUGUGGCACUCCGCCAGAUUGUGAAUGGAAGGCCCAGGCAGGGAACAUAUGCGUUGCUUCAUUUGACUGGAGCUGCAGCGGAAUCUGCAGAUCUGUUGAGAGGAUCAAAGAAGUCCAUCGGCGGUGCGGUGAAGGUGAAAAUGCUUUGUGGAGUGCUACUUUUCGGUAGGAGGCUCGACUUGAGUGUCUUCCCAACUCAGGAAGAUGUGGAGCUAGGUGUAAACACAGGUUUGCGAGUCCUUCUCUAGGGUGCAUCUUUUCUUUUCUUUUUCUGUCCGUGAGUACAGAAAAAUCCUAUUAUACAGACAAGUAGAUGGAGAAAGAGAGAGAUGCCUCGCUUCGUGGAUCACUUCCAUUUUAUUGAAGGAAGUGGCGAUCGAAAUGGCAGGAAAGAGAAAGCAAGAGGCCAUUACCACCCUACUCAUUCUUUGAUGGCUUGAAGGCCAUUUUGUAAUCUACAUUUCCACUGGUUCUCGAGCUCAUAAUAAAGACCAAAUCUUUCUGCGGUGGCUAUUGUGGCCUGCCUUCUCUCA